AAAUAAACUUGGUCAGUCACUCUGUCUCUCUCCCCCGAAAGAGAAGAUCUCUCUGAAGAGUGAAGGCGGCAACAAUGGCAGCGAUCGGAGCUUUGAAGGUCACUCACAAUUCUGUCACUCUCUCCGGCGAGACUACCGGCCGUCAUGCGACUCCGUUUCGGAGCCUCUCCUUUGCGUCAUCCCAUCUAUCCGGCGACAAGAUCUCGUCGAAUGAGGCGUUCGUGGUACGACCUCGUUCCGGAGGUAGAACUCCGGCGAUCGUUUCUCCGAAGGCCGUUUCUGAUUCAAGGAAUUCGCAGACGUGUCUAGAUCCCGACGCCAGCCGAAGUGUUUUGGGAAUUAUACUUGGAGGUGGAGCUGGGACCCGCCUUUACCCUCUUACCAAGAAAAGGGCAAAACCAGCUGUCCCUUUAGGAGCAAAUUAUCGACUGAUUGAUAUUCCUGUUAGCAAUUGCUUGAAUAGCAACAUAUCAAAGAUCUAUGUUCUUACUCAGUUCAAUUCUGCAUCUCUUAAUCGCCACCUUUCUCGGGCAUAUGCAAGUAACAUGGGUGGUUACAAGAAUGAAGGGUUUGUUGAAGUUCUAGCUGCUCAGCAAAGUCCAGAGAACCCCAAUUGGUUCCAGGGUACCGCGGAUGCUGUGCGGCAGUAUUUGUGGUUGUUUGAGGAGCACAACAUUCUAGAAUUCUUAGUUCUUGCUGGGGAUCAUUUGUACCGUAUGGAUUAUGAAAGAUUCAUUCAGGCCCAUAGAGAAACUGAUGCUGAUAUCACUGUAGCUGCACUGCCAAUGGAUGAGAAACGUGCCACUGCAUUUGGUCUGAUGAAGAUUGAUGACGAAGGGCGCAUAAUUGAAUUUGCAGAGAAACCAAAAGGAGAGCAAUUGAAAGCUAUGAAGGUUGAUACUACGGUUUUAGGUCUUGAUGAUGAGAGAGCAAAGGAGAUGCCAUAUAUCGCAAGUAUGGGUAUAUACGUUGUCAGCAAAGAUGUGAUGUUAAAUCUGCUUCGAGAUAAGUUUCCUGGAGCCAACGAUUUUGGAAGUGAAGUUAUUCCAGGGGCAACUUCCAUUGGAAUGAGAGUGCAAGCUUACUUGUAUGAUGGCUACUGGGAAGACAUUGGUACGAUUGAGGCUUUCUAUAAUGCAAAUUUGGGAAUCACAAAAAAGCCAGUGCCAGAUUUCAGCUUCUAUGAUCGUUCAUCCCCAAUUUACACCCAGCCUCGAUAUUUGCCCCCUUCCAAGAUGCUUGAUGCUGACGUAACAGAUAGUGUUAUCGGUGAGGGUUGUGUAAUUAAGAACUGUAAAAUUCACCAUUCCGUGGUUGGGUUACGAUCUUGCAUAUCAGAGGGUGCAAUUAUAGAAGAUUCGUUGUUGAUGGGAGCAGAUUAUUACGAGACGGAUGCUGACAGGAGGUUUUUAGCUGCAAAGGGUAGCGUUCCCAUUGGUAUUGGCAUGAACUCUCACAUCAAGAGAGCAAUAAUUGACAAGAAUGCUCGCAUAGGGGAAAAUGUGAAGAUCAUUAAUGGUGACAAUGUUCAAGAAGCAGCAAGAGAAACAGAUGGAUACUUCAUAAAGAGUGGGAUUGUCACAGUGAUCAAGGACGCCUUGAUUCCCAGUGGAACUGUCAUCUAGAACUUCCUUACGUUAGCUUAUGCCAUAUCAUGGUAUUCCACGGCUUCUUUGCUCGGUAGGUGAUCGAACAAAAGCCUACCUUCUGUCUGCCAAUCAAUAUAUAUGGUCGAUCAUGUAUAUUUUCAGGUAAUAAAUUGCACUUAGUUGAAGAUAGGGGACUUUUAGCAUUUUACGUUGUAGAGACCUGUUUCUGAGCAAAUAAAAAGUUCAACUAUAUGGA